AUGCGCUUUGCCACACCCUCUGCUCUGGUUGGGCUGCUGGCUGCCCUGGCGGCAGUCGUCGACGCCUCGCCCACAAUGCAGCAACGGCAGCGGCAGACGCCUGCACGACGAUCACGACACGUGCUGCACGAGCGGCGGUCGGAAGGAGCGAGCAAUCUGUGGGCACGGACGGCCAAGGCAGACCCGGCGGCGGUACUGCCGGUACGGAUCGGGCUGAAACAGCAGAACCUGGAGCGCGGCGAGGAGUUUUUGCUGGAUGUGUCGCACCCGACGUCGGCCAACUACGGACGACACUGGACGGCAGAGCAGGUGGCGAAGAUGUUUGCGCCACGGCCGGAAACGGUGGACGCGGUUCUAGACUGGCUGGCAGACACAGUCGGCAUCGGCGAGGCGAGCAGCCGGCGCGUGGAGCUGUCACGGGGACGCAACUGGGUGAUGUUCAACGCAACGGUGGAGGAGGUGGAGCGACUGCUGGCGACGGAGUACCACGUGUACCGGCACACGAAGCACGGCCACGAACAGGUGGCCUGCGACCAGUACCACGUGCCGGAGCACUUGCGCGAGCACAUCGACCUGGUGCUGCCGACGGUGCACUUUGGGAGAUCAGGACCGGGUGGACGGUCGGGCAAGACGCAUCAGCUGCCGGAAGACGUGCAGACGCAGCUGAGAAAGCGAGAGGGCUCGGGGGAGCACAGCUUGCCGGGCCAGCCAUCAGACGCAUCGCUGGCCAAGCAGGGAGCCGUUAUCACCAACGCGCUGAUGAGCCUCGACCAGUGCGACUCGAUGAUCACGCCGGCCUGUUUGCGAGCGCUAUAUGCGGCGCCGGUCAGCAGGCUGGCGGCAGCUAACAACAGCAUCGGCAUUGUUGAGUACACGCCACAGGCGAUCUUGCAGAGCGACCUGGACCAGUACUUUUCGCAGUUUGCGCCACAGCUGACACGCGGCUCGGCUGCCCGGCCGGUGGUCCGGCUGAUCGACAACGCCGUUCUGCAGACGGACAACGAGAGCUUCAGCUUCAACGGCGAGUCGGCGCUGGACCUCGAAUUCGCCAUGACGCUGGUGGCCCCACAGACAGCCACGCUCUUUCAGGUCGGCGACCUGCAGCAGGGCGCCAGCUUCAACAACCUGCUCGACUCGCUCGACGGCAGCUACUGCACCUUUGAGGGCGGCGGCAGCUCCGAUUCCAGCAUCGACGGCCAGUACGACAACAGCGUCAACUGUGGCACGGCCACGCCGACAAACGUGCUCUCGACCAGCUACUCCUACAACGAGGCCGAUCUGACGGCUGCCUAUGAGCAGCGCCAGUGCGCCGAGUACAUGAAGCUGGGCCUGCGCGGCGUCUCUGUGCUCUAUUCGUCCGGCGACUACGGCGUGGCCGGAAACAGCGGCCAGUGCAUCGACGCCACCACCGGCGUCUACAACGACGGCACCGACGGCCUCUUCACUCCCUCCUUUCCCGGCACCUGUCCUUACGUCACAUCGGUCGGCGCCACGCAGCUGCCGGUCGGCUCUUCCGUUCCCGGUCCCGAGAUUGCUUGCCAGAAGGUCAUCUACUCCGGCGGCGGCUUCUCCAACGUCUUCGCCAUGCCCUCCUAUCAGAAGGCUGCCGUCAACACAUAUUAUACCGCGUUUGCGCCAGCUUACGGCGCCGAUCGCUACAACAACUCUCGGGCUGUUCGCGGCUAUCCUGACGUCUCGGCCAAUGGCGCAAACUACGUCACCGCCGUCGACGGCAACUUCACUCUCUCUUUUGGCACAUCCGCCUCUGCACCCACCUUUGCCUCCAUCCUCAAUCUGAUCAACGAGAAGCGCCUCGCUGCUGGCAAGACCGUCAUCGGCUUCGUCAACCCCGUCCUCUACGCAAACCCACAGGUGCUCAACGACAUCAUCAGCGGCUCCAAUCCCGGCUGCGGCACCGAUGGCUUCACCGCCGUCUCCGGCUGGGACCCACUGACCGGCCUCGGCACCCCCAACUACACCGCCAUGGAGAAGCUGUUCCUCAGUCUGCCGUAG